AUGGUCUGUGAAACGCAACUCUACGACCUACUAAUGGUCCCUGCUACGGCAACGGUUGACCAAAUCACAAAAUCAUACAAGAAAUUGGCCCUCAAAUACCAUCCUGAUAAGACGAAUCACAAUCCAGAGUCCACCGAGAAAUUCAAAGACCUCUCUCGGGCGUAUGAAAUUCUAAAAGACCCUCGCCAGCGAGGUAUAUACGACGUAUACGGAACCAGAGGUUUAGAUGGGUCUUUCGCAGAUGCUCCGCCUCAACAGCCAGGAAGAGGGUUCAAUGUGAACCAACAACCUCGAACACCCGGAUUUGGCUUCGAACAGACAAUUUUUUCCCAGCUCUUUAACGACAUGUCUUCUGCUUUUGGUUCGAAUGGUCAUUUUGGUCAGCAUUUUGGCCAGCCACAUGUGCCGGGCAUGAAUUUUACCGCUGGUGGGCCAAAUGUAAACACCUCAUCACCAACAACAAUUAUCCGUCCGGAUAUUGGCAACGGGUCCAAAAAAUCCAAGAAAGGAACAAGCAUUCAUCACAACUUCAAAGUUACUUUGGCUGAUAUGUACCAUGGCAAAGAGGCGAAGUUUCUGCUCCCAAAAAUGACCAAAUGUUCAACGUGCAACGGCAUGGGCUGUUUCCAUCCUAAAACCUGCGUGACGUGUGAAGGAAGUGGCAGAAUAAUCAUUCAGGUCACUGACCACUUUGCUCAAUUUCAAGAAAAGCGAGAUUGUCAUUCGUGUCGGGGGACGGGCAUCUACUCCCGAACAGAGGAUUUGUGUGACAGAUGUGAUCAGGGCUACAGAAUGGAGACGAAACUCUUAAAGGUGUCCAUUCCUCCAGGCUCCAAGAACGGGGAUAAAUGUAUUCUUCUAGGGCAGUCGGAUGAAGGCAAGAACCUUACUCCUGGAGACGUCAUUAUCCAUUUGGAAGAGCAGCCGCACCCGUUUUUGGUGAGACAGGGGAACGAUCUUUUCAUGGAGUAUGACAUUGAUUUGAAAACCGCAUUAUUAGGGGGAAGGCUAGUCAUCCUGGACUUUCCCAGAAUGGGAGAAGAUGUUAUUCUCUAUGUGAAUGUACAUGGUAAAAAACGUCUUAAUGAUUCGAUCCAUCCAUUGGUCAACUCUGGAGAAGUGAUUGGAACCAUUAACCUGGGGAUUCCGAAACUCGUCAAGGGUUUGGGAAUGCCCAUAAAUGAAACCAUCAAGAAUGGUAAGUUUUACCAAAGCAAUGGGUCCAAAUUUAAGAGAGAUGUCGCAUCAUACAAACGCGGAGACCUUUACAUUAAGUUUAAUGUGCAAUUACCGGAGAUUAAAGAUUUCGCUGGCGAAGACGAUCUUGAGGUGUUGCAGAAUAUCUUGCCUGGUAAGCCGACCGAAGAGUCAUUUGGCACGGUAGCUUGGGAGCACCAUUUAUCCAGUAUUCCUGAAUUGGAGCCGAUUGCUGCGGAGUCUGAAAUCAAAAGCUCGAGUGGAGAUGAACGUGCAUCGUCGGAAGAAUACGAUUACGAGCAAAUAGAAGUCGACAGUCAAGACGGUUCUGAAGAGCAGGAAGAUGAUCAGUUUUACGCUGAAAAGUGGUCAAAGGAGCUGGAUGGUAAGCGAAGAAAAGUGGACGCUUGA